GCGGGGAGCCCGAUAAGAUUCCCCGCCAUAAGCCUCAACUCUUCCUCCUUCACAUCUUCGCUCUCUUCAACAAUGGAUCGUUCUAACAAGCCCUCCGCCAUUGGCGUAGGUGCCUCUCUCCCGCAACCUACUUUAUCCAUCAAGGACAACAUCAUCGAAGCUUCAUUGCCCUCCGGUCAAUCCGUAACGGUGCACCUGUACGGUGCUACCGUGACCUCAUGGAAGACAAACGGCAAAGAGCAGCUGUUCUUGAGUGAAAAGGCUCAUUUGGAUGGCUCCAAGCCAAUCCGCGGUGGUAUUCCGCUCGUGUUCCCGGUUUUCGGCCCUCCUCCCAAGAAUCACGCAACCUCCUCCCUAUCGCAACACGGCUUUGCUCGUAACUCCAACUGGGAGUUCUUGGGCAAGUCAUCCUCGGAAACGCCUGGAAGGGACAGUGACCAGACCGACCUCACCGUGAAGCUGGAUUUCGGACUGUCGCACUCUAUGCUGAAUGAUGAAUUCCGUGAGGCCUGGCCUUAUGAAUUUGGCCUGGUCUACAGUGUUACACUCACCAAGGAUACUCUGGAGACAGCUUUGCAAGUCCGCAAUGAAGGCCAACAGAACUUCGAUUUCCAAACUCUGAUGCACACAUACCUCAAGAUCGCGGAUAUUUCCGACAUCCGCAUUAAGAACCUUGAAUCCAAGACCUAUAUCGACAAGACCCUCGACGCUACCUCUCAUACCGAGUCCUCUCCCGCUGUCGCCAUCACCCAAGAAACUGACCGUGUUUACCAGAGUCUUGACCCGGCCGUUCCAAUUGUCGUCUCUUCGGCUAAAGAUGACCAGCCCAUUUUCUCGGUUACUCGCGAGGCUUUGAACGAUGUCGUUGUCUGGAACCCCUGGAUUGAGAAGGCCAAGGGUAUGGCCGACUUUGGACCGGAUGAGGCGUACAAGAACAUGAUCUGUGUGGAGGCUGGUUCUGUGUCUGCCUGGCAGACCCUCGAGGCUGGAGAAGCCUGGGAGGGUGCUCAGAGUAUCAAGGCUCACCUGUAA